AGGAAAGGAAGACCAAGAGGAAAAUGGAAAACACAGCACAGGACACAGCCAACAUGACGAGCGAAGAGGCUCUGUGUAGCCCCGUCGACCACAAGACCAGAAAGCGCCCUGGCUUCUCCAAUCUCAAACUGUUUAUUGUAGCGCUUUCCUUCGCCUAUUUCUCCAAAGCCCUGACAGGAACCUACAUGAAGAGCUCCAUCACUCAGAUAGAGAGGCGCUUUGACCUCUCCAGCACACACAUCGGUCUCAUAGACGGCAGUUUUGAGAUGGGCAACUUGUUGUUUCUAGCUGUGGUCAGCCAUUUUGGGGCUAAGCUGCACCGACCCAGACUCAUCGCUGCGGGCUGUUUCCUCAUGGCUGUGGGGGCGUUUCUCACUGGCCUCACACAUUUCUUCAUGGGACGGUAUAAGUAUGACACGGUGAUUCAGGUCUUUCAGAAUGACAACCUGAGCAUUGCUGCCUGUGUGGAUCCUCUGAAAACACUAGAUCACGUGCCAGAAAUUCAAAUAGAGCCUUCGUUGGAGGACAAUAAAGCCUGUGUGAGAGAUUCUGGUUCCAGCAUGUGGAUCUACGUAUUCCUGGGGAAUGCUCUGCGGGGGAUUGGAGAAACUCCAGUCACACCUCUUGGCAUCUCCUACAUCGAUGACUUUGCUAAGGCGGAAAACUCCCCUUUUUAUAUUGCUUGUCUCCAGACCAUUACUCUCCUGGGUCCCAUGUUUGGCUUCCUUUUGGGUUCCUAUUGUGCCAGACUAUAUGUUGACAUUGGAUAUGUUGAUAUGGAUAGUGUGACCAUCACUUCUAAAGAUUCCCGCUGGGUGGGUGCUUGGUGGAUGGGUUUUCUUGUGUCCUCUGGCCUUCUGCUUAUCUCCAGCAUUCCCUUCUGGUUUCUGCCCCGUUCGAUGCCCAAGCAGGAGAGUGAAGAAAACCAUGAAACUCCAGCCUGCAAGAUCCUAAACAAGACAGAGGAUGCGCGAAACAACAACCAAAACUUCAAGCUGACUGAAAUUGCCAAAGGGUUCCUUCCAUCAUUGAGGCGUCUGUUAGGAACUCCUGCUUACUUCCUGCUUCUUUGCGGGAGCAUCCUGAAGUUCAAUGCAUUCAUCGGUCUACUCACCUUUAAAGCCAAAUACAUGGAGCAACAGUUUGGACAGUCUGCAUCCAGGGCAAACUUCCUCAUAGGUGUCCUGAACCUGCCAGCAGUGGCAAUAGGGAUCUUCCUCGGAGGGCUGCUGAUGAAGAGGUAUAAGCUGAGUCUUUCCCAGGUCUUUCACAACUGCACCUGUGUGUCCACCUCCUUUCCAGCAGGCAGCAGUACAUCAGUGAGACUGGGCCAGUGCCCUCAUGCCAAGGACUGCAGCCGAAGCUUCACUUCCUAUAUGGCCAUAUCUGUUCUCAGCUCCUUUAUCAAUGCUCUGGGAGCCACACCUGGCUACAUGGUCAUUAUACGAUGCAUCACACCCGAGCUCAAAUCCCUUGCUCUGGGUAUUCAGACCUUGGUAACUAGGACUCUUGGUGGAAUUCCUGCACCGGUGUAUUUCGGCGCUUUGAUUGAUUCAACUUGCCUUAAAUGGUCUAUGAAGAGUUGUGGCGGUAGGGGGGCAUGCCGUAUUUACAACUCUGAUAUGUACAGGAUCAUUUUCCUGGGUUUGAUCACUUGUAUCAGUGGCUCCUCUUAUUUUUUCCUCAUUGCUGUCAUCAUCCUUCUCAGACGCCAGUUCCGAAAGCCAGAGAAGGACACAGACAAGCAGGAGCAAAAAGCAUCAAAGGAUUUUGAACUAAAGACGCCAUUAAACCUCACUGAGGAGAUUAGAGCCAGUCCUGAAACUCCCAACUUACCCAGUGCUACAAAAAUUUGGGUAAAGAUUGCUACAGAUUUGGAGGAAGGAGGAGAGGUCCACACAGUAGAACUGCCCCCUCAUAAUGAUGGAGUAAUCUCUACAAGUAAUGCACAGGAGGCUAAAUACAUGACAGAUACCUGCGCUGAAGUUAUUCCUCUGUCUUCUGAUGGCACAAACACAGAGAUAGUCCGUAAAGAAUCCAUCGGACACAAAGUAAUAGAGAAGCAGGACGAUCACAUUGAUGACAAGAGCAAAUUGGAGAAAGAGAGGCAGCAACUAAACUGAUGGACCACAUAAAGACUGUGUUUAGCAGAGUGGUCUCCAACACAAAAUCAAACUGGAAUGGAUGGAACAAGUCCCAAAGUUUGGUCAAAAUGUAAUUUUCC